AGUUAACAGUUAAAUCUUGAGGAAGUUACAAGGCUGGUUCACAUUAGCUAGCAACAACGGAUUGACUCCCUGUGUUCUCUGUUUACUCUCCUCCAGUACUCAUGGCAGUAUACUUGGCGACAAUAAUUGUUAUUAUUAUUAUAGCGCUAGAAUUGGCUAAAUCAUCACCAUUAUCGUCGAUUUCAUUGUCAGCGGAGGUGAAAGCUCUUCUCAACAGCGGUUGGUGGGGAAACAAUUAUUCAAGGAAUUAUUGCGAGUUCGCAAACAUCACUUGCAACGAGGCAGGAAGUGUUAUUCAGAUAGAUCUUUCUUAUGAAUUCUUGAAGAAUAAAAAGCUGGAGGACUUGAAUUGGUCUUCCUUGCCAAACCUUGAACGUCUUGAUUUCAGGCGUUCUGAUCUUACUGGAGGCAUCCCAGACGAAAUCGGUACUCUGUCAAACCUCACCUACCUUAAUCUUUCUUGCAAUAAUAUUGUUGGAGAUUUACCUCUUACCUUGGGUAACCUCACUAAACUUGCCCACCUUAGCAUUUCUAAUAAUCACAUUAGCGGCUCCAUCCCCAUAGGAAUUGGAAAUCUGAAAAGUUUGGUUGUUUUGGAUAUAAGUAAUAACAACUUCACUGGUCCAAUCCCUUCAUCUAUUGGUCAUUUGACCAAUUUAACCUAUUUGUGGCUAUGUUCAAAUCAACUUAUUGGUUCCAUCCCUACAGAACUAGGGAACCUAUUGAAUCUGGUUGAUAUGAAUAUGGGUUUUAACAGCCUCACUGGUUCAAUCCCUUUGUCUAUUGGCCAUUUGACCAAUUUGGCCUAUUUGCGUCUGUGUUCAAAUCAACUUAGUGGUUCCAUCCCAAUAGGAAUUGGAAAUCUGAGAAGCUUGGUUGUUCUGGAUAUAAGUAAUAACAACUUCACUGGUCCAAUUCCUCCAUGUAUCGGUUAUUUGACCAAUUUGACAUCUUUGUAUCUUCAUUCAAAUCAAUUUAGUGGUUCCAUCCCUCAAGAAAUUGGGAGUCUGGUGAAUCUUGUUGAAAUGAAUAUGGGACUCAACAAACUUCAUGGUCCAAUUCCUCUAGAGAUAGGGCAUUUCACGUAUUUGACCCUCUUGGACCUCAGCCAUAACCUCCUCAAAGGUCAAAUCCCAUCUUCUCUGUGUCAAUUGAAGGAACUGAAUUCUCUUAAUUUGUCUGCAAAUCAGAUCAAUGGAGCGAUACCUCCUAAACUUGGGGAUUUGCCCAUGCUUGGUUAUCUUGAUUUGUCAUCAAACAAACUUUCAGGUGAGAUACUAACCAUCAAAAGUAACUAUACAAUUCAGUAUCUAGACCUGUCUCAAAAUCAGCUCAGCGGACCUCUCCCAAAUGACCUAGAAAAACAAAGCUAUUUGAUGCACUUGGGAUUGAGUAGUAACUGUUUGAGUGGAACAAUACCUUCUGGACUAGCAUAUUAUCCACGGUUGGUCUAUUUAAAUCUUUCUCACAAUGAUCUCUCUGGUGAAAUUCCCAGUUCUCUUCGCUCCUUCCAAUUGGGGCGAUCUAUUGACUUGUCAUACAAUGCUCUCGAUGGUCAAAUCCCACAUAGACCUCAGAAUGCGUGUCCAAACAAAAAGAAGAAUAUAGUCAUGCUUACUCUCGUCAUUUCUCUUCCCAUCACAGUUUUGCUUGCCUCACUUGGAUUUGUGCUCUUUUCUCAGUCUAAGGCUAAAAAGAACCAAAGUGUGGCAAGAGUGGUGAACAGUGGGGAUAUGUGCUCGAUUUGGAAUUAUGAUGGAAAAAUCGCAUACGAAGACAUCAUUAUGGCAACAAAUGAUUUUGACAAUAGAUAUUGCAUAGGAACUGGUGGUUAUGGCAGCAUCUACAAAGCACAAUUGCCUAGCGGCAAGGUAUUUGCGUUGAAGAAGCUUCAUGGUUUCGAAGCUGAGGAUCCAACAAUUGACAGGAGCUUCAGAAAUGAGGUGCAAAUGUUAACUAACAUACGACACCGAAACAUAGUAAAGCUUUACGGUUUCUGUUUGCACAAAAGAUGCAUGUUCCUGGUGUACGAGUACAUGGAAAGGGGAAGCUUGUUUUGCGCCCUGAGAAUUGAUACCGAAGCUAUUGAAUUAGGAUGGACUCUAAGGGUAAACAUUGUUAAAGCAAUAGCACAUGCUCUAUCCUACUUACAUCAUGAUUGCAUCCCACCGGUUGUUCACCGAGACAUAUCGAGCAAAAACAUUCUAUUGAACUCUGAAUUGGAUGCUUUUGUUUCUGACUUUGGCAUUGCCAGACUGCUACAUCUGAAUUCAUCGAAUCGAACUGUAAUUGCAGGAACUUAUGGGUAUAUUGCCCCAGAACAUGCCUUCUCCAUGGUUGUGACCGAAAAAUCUGAUGCUUAUAGCUUUGGGGUGGUGGCGCUAGAAACAAUGAUGGGAAGGCAUCCGGGAGAGCUCCUCUCAUCAUUGGCAUCGCAAUCUGCUACAAACAUAAUGCUCACUGAUGUCUUGGACCCACGCCUUCCGCCUCCAACAAAUCCAGUGGUUGUAGGGGACAUUGCUUUUGUUGUUACUGUGGCAUUUGCAUGUGUGGGUUCUGAGCCAAGAUCUCGCCCAACAAUGCAACAUGUUUCUCAACAGUUUCUUUCUCGCAGGAAGACUUUAGCUACACCUCUUCGAGCAAUUUCACUACUACAAGUAUCGACUCCAUAAAUGAUUAAAGUCUAUGCCUGAUCAGUUUCCCAUCAAAAAAAUAAAAUAAAAGUCCAUUUAGAAAUGUAGAGUGUCAUGUUUUUUCAGGACCAUGUUGUUCCAACUAUUAUGUACGAGGAUUGCUAUAUAUCAUCAAAUAAAUUUCGCAUUUUUUUUUUCAAGUUGCAAA